UUAUAGUUCAAGAUUACGAAUAAUGAGCAUUUUUGAGCAUUGUUUGAAAACAUGCAUGCCCAAGGCCGCAGGUUUUGGACAUGAGCCAAGCUAACUAGUUAGCUUUAGCCACUAAACGGUUCAAUCGCUUAAUAGCGGAUUAUUAAGUGAUACGUGCAAAUAAAAACGCGUGGUUCUUUAACAACUACGAUGUCCGAAUGGCAUCUAACGUGUGGACAUUUGAAAUUUGCAUUCAAUGCGAGGGGGGAAAAAAUGACGCUAAUGAGCUAGCCGGAGCAUUUGGGACCGUGUUUGAAUUGCCUCGGAGCUAAACUGCCCCUAAAACAUUGGCCGACAACUGUGCCACAUGGAGCGCACGAAUUUAGACUUCCCUUUUGGUGGUCAUUUGAUCGUCCGGCGCUUUUAAACGCAGUUUUACUUUCACACUGCGGGUGGCAGAACGUCAAUGAAGCCUCUGAAUUCUUUCCCCAAAGAGGACGACGGGAAAUGAAGUUUUAAUGGACGACCAGCUCGCGACAAUCCGCGGCGUUUGAACUACAUUUCCCGCAGGUACACUGCGAGAUGAUGCGAUUCGCCAAACUCAACCACGAAAUAUUUUGGACUAGACAUGGCGAUGUGUAUGUAUAUAUAGCUAUUUAGACAUAUUUGUGAGAUAUAUUCCAGAGCCUCGGAUAGAAUAUGCUGCCUACUUUAAGCGCAUCCUGGCGGAUUGUGCUGAUCAUUGUGAAGAAUCGCAUUGUCACAGGUGCAUGCUAAUUAGCUUUAGCAUUUGUAGCACCAUGCUGCAUGACAUGCUACACGGAUUAGACGCCGGAGGUUUUCUUAUUAUACAAGAUUCCUGUAGCUACUCGGGCCGACGUCUUCUAUGGAGCUUUGUCAAGGCUGCACUGAACAGAGCGGAAGUAGUCCAUGUGCUCAGCUUUGAAGCCAGCGAGGAUGAGGUGAAGAAUGGCUUGAAAGAAUCACCAAUUGAAAGGCUCCACUUUCACAACGCUUACAGCGACCCCCUGGGGUGGACCGACCAUGCCGGAUUCACGGUGGACCAGUUCUGCGUUGAGAAAGUCGCGCAGCUUGCCAAGCAGUCCUCGCAAGUCAAGCCGUCCGUUUUUGUCAUCGACUCGCUCUCAUGGGUCCUGAGACACGUCGGUCUCCCUGCAGUCUGUAAGACUCUCCAGCAGCUUAAAAAUGGGGGAUCUGUCGGAAACAUCAUCAGUCUCCUCCAUUCUGACAUGCAUCCGCGGGGAAUGGUGGGCAGCCUGUGCCACUUGGCCACCUCGGUCAUCACCGUGGCCGGAGGACUGAGAGGAGACCAAGCGAAGACAACCAGGCGACUCAAAUCAGGGAAGGUUUUGCAAGAUGAGGAGAUUUUCUCCAUCAAAGAUGACUUGACGGUGCUUGGACAGAGCAAACCGAGCCGGUUUGACCCACAAGAACAGGAGGCGGACCCGACGGCCAACUUGACCUUCAACCUCCGCUUGUCUGACAGCGAGCGCGAGGAUAAGGAGAAGCUAGCGCUGCCUUUUGUCUUCAGUAAAGACAAGAAAGCAGCUCUUCUUCACAAAAGCUCGGGGCGAAUCGCGUACGAGCCCGACGCUAACGACGAUUACGACGAAGAGGAUCCCGACGACGAUCUCGACGUGUGAUCGUCUGACCGCAUUAGUUUUGCUGAUAAAUUUCUCAUGGAAAACAAUGUUUUUAAUGACUGUACAGUCAAUGAAUUGUUGAAUCUGAAAUGUAACAAUGGAUUAAAAACAAACAAAAAAACA